AUGGCUUCCUCCGCCAACAAGCACUCGGACAAGCUCGAGCACAACUACACCAUGAUGCAAGCCUUCGAGUGGUACACCCAGGGCGAAGGCAAGCAUUGGAAGUGGCUCGGCGAGAACGCAAAACGUUUUGCCGACAUCGGCAUCACCGCUGUCUGGAUCCCUCCGCCCACGAAAGGAGCCUCAGCUUCGAGCACUGGCUACGACAUCUACGAUACUUGGGACUUGGGAGAGUUCGCUCACCCCAGAGACAAGGAGGCCGGUGUCCAGCCUCCCAACCGUACCAAGUAUGGAACCCGUCAAGAGCUUGAGGCUGCUCUCAACGAGCUUCGCAAGAACGGCAUCUCGAUCUACGUCGACGCCGUACUCAACCACCGAAUGGGCGCUGACGAGCUCCAGACCUUCAAGGCUCGCAUGGUCGACCAGAACGAUCGUUCCAAGCUUAUCUCUGAUGCCUACGACAUCGAGGGCUGGACCAAAUUUACCUUCCCAGGCCGUAAUGGCAACUACUCGGACUUCAAGUGGGGCUUCGAACACUUUACCGGAGUUGACUGGGAUCAGAAGGCCCAGACCAAGGCCAUCUUCCGUAUCGAGGGGGACGGCAAGCAAUGGGCUACAGACGUCGACAAAGAGAAUGCUAACUACGACUUUCUCAUGGGAUCAGAUGUCGACCAUGCUCACCCUGAUGUCCAGAAGGAUCUCCUCGACUGGGGUGCCUGGAUCAUGAGCAACUUCCCUGUUGCCGGAUUCCGUUUCGACGCGGUCAAGCACAUGUCGCGCGAUUUCCUGCACGACUUCGUCAAGCACAUCCGUGAGGAAGCUCGCAAGCUCCGCAAAGAGCGAGGCAUCGAAGCUGCCGACGAAUCCCAAGGUCCCAUCGCCUUCAGUGUCGGAGAAUUCUGGAAGGACAGUCUCGAUUCUUGUCUCAAGUAUCUCACCAACUUCGGAGACGAGCAGUUCUCUCUCUUCGACGCUCCCCUCCACUACAACUUCAAGGAAGCCGGAGAUGCAGCCGAGAACUAUGACCUUCGUAAGAUCUUUGAUGGGUCCAUCGUUCAAGCUCGACCCAUUGACGCCGUCACUCUCGUUGACAAUCAUGACACCCAAUCCGGUCAAGCUCUCGAGUCGACCGUUCCGGCUCAAUUCAAGCCUCUCGCCUACGCUCUCAUUCUCAUGCGACUCGAUGGCUACCCAUGUGUCUUUCUUGGAGACCUUGACGGCUGCAACACUACCGGUAUCGACAAUGGUGAAGGCAAAGCCGAGCCCAUGGCUGAUCUGGACAAGUUCGUCAAGGCACGCAAGUACUAUGCUUAUGGAGAGCAGCGCGAUGUUUGGGAUCACCCCAACUGCAUUGCUUGGGUUCGCACGGGUAGUAAAACCGACGACAACGAUGCUGGAUACGAUGCUUCAGCUACCAUCAUCUGCAAUGGUACUGAGCAGGGCUCGAAGCCAGUCGAGGUCGGAAAGAGGUAUGCUGGGCAGAACUUUGUUGAUGUCAUUGGAUGGUUCCAAGGUGAACAAAAGGUCAAUCAUGACGGCUGGGUUGAGGUCCACUGCCACCCUCGCUCCGCUUCCAUUUGGGUUCCUGAGAACUCCAAACACCGUCAAUUCUUCUGA